AUGAUGGGACAUAAAAAUGAUACAGUGUUCUUUUUUACCAUCCAUCUACAGUCUGGGUUUUGCUGAUGAGACGUUGACAUCAACACAUACAACCCGGUGGGUAUAUGACCAGCUUGCUGUGAGUCGAGAGAGCAUUUUCAUGUUUUUCCAUCCACUGGACAUUUGGCGAGGUUGAGGACAAUUUAGGCUAUUGGACAACAGCAAACACGAAACGUGGAAUUUACAAGACAAACAUCUGUCGCAGUGUCUGCAUGGAUUUGAAUGGAUUUAUGAAGUAGCCUAAAGAACGGCUAUCUAAAAAAGAACAAAUAGCGUGCAUUUGAUAGCCUACUUCUGGAUUGGAAACAUGAACGAUACACGUAAUUCAUCUACACAUACGUUGCCUGACAAGACAGCUGAAGCGAUGGCUGUACCCGUAUUAAUGUUUGCAGUUGGUGUCAUUGGAAAUAUAAUAGCAAUAGCCGCUCUUUCUGGAUCUAAGCAGGAGCGCAAAUCCUCCGCGUUCUUCGCCCUAGUUUGUGGUUUGGCUGUGACGGAUCUGCUUGGGACUUGUUUGGCCAGCCCAAUCACUAUAGCAACUUACCUCAAUGAACAUGUGUUAUAUGAUAAUACGAACCUUUGUGAAUUCCAUUCCUUUUUGUUGCUGUUCUUCGGAGUGGCUGGGCUAAGUAUUAUAUGCGCAAUGUCUGCUGAGCGCUACCUCGCGAUAUGCUGCGCUUACACUUACCAAAGAUGGGGAAUUGACCAACAUUUUGCACGCAAGUGCUUGUUUUGCAUUUAUCUCAGCAACAUUGCAUUUUGUUGUCUCCCAGUGAUGGGUAUGGCUGGAAGCAUUUGUCAGCCCUCCAAAACGUGGUGCUUCAUCAACUGGAGGGCUGAUAAGACACUGCCUGCAACAUAUUCGUUUUUAUAUGCCAGUGUGAGUUUUUUACUGAUAUUGAUGACGAUAGUACUCAACUUUGCAGUUUGUGGCAAUCUGUUGAUAAUGCGUCGCAGGAAAAUCCAAAGUCCAGUUACAAGAGGGAGCGCACGGGUGCGCUGGAAAGCGCUUUCCUCCGGCGUGGAAGCGCAAAUGAUGACGGUGCUCAUGGUGACCUCCGUGGUUGUUUUAGGUUGCUCAGCGCCGCUGGUGGUACGCGUAUUUUCUAACCAGAUAACAUGGACCGAGAAUUCCCAUGCAGAUUUGAUGGCUAUUCGGAUCGCCUCGGUCAACGCCAUCCUUGACCCUUGGAUCUACAUCCUCCUGAGAAGGACUUUGUUCCGUAAGAUUCAGAGAUUCUCUAAAGUGUUUUACAUUGGUCGCAAAGGCAAAGCACCCAUGUUUCCAGUAAAAUCAUCACAAAGGACAUUCCACUACCAAGGAGACAUUACAAACACCCAUGUAUUCACACCUCUGUGAAGCGCCUUGCAUAAAAAACAUAAUUCACCUGCCCGCCACAGUCGCCUAGUGCGCUCACGUCACCCAGGGGGGACAAAGCUUGCCAUUUCUCCCCAGAAGUUGUCCGAUAUCCAGUCUCACAAUGUGUUCUGUCGAUAUAAUUGAUGAUGGGUGGCAAUUCACCUGUUUUAAAUAUAUAACUUUCAAAAACAGUAGAUUAAUUAAACAAAUUAACCAUGUAACAGUUCAAUUAUAUAUAGUACUAUGGGCUCAAGCAUUUGGCUCAAUCACAGCUAUGUAUAUGUUUUACACAAACAAUAAAUAUGACAUUGUGAAGUUAAAGAGAUCCGUUUGUAUAAACACCAGGUGUGUUUAGUGCUGCUAACCAAUUCAGACUUUUUAAGUUCAUUGGUAAUAUCAAUGAGCAAAGAGUGGGUCUACGGAAUGAUUAGGUUUUGAGUCUGUUUAGUGUUGGCCUGAGAUGACCCCUUGUUUUUCCCCAUUGUGGCCACAGAGAGGUUGUUCAUUACUUGGUUAAAGGUCCAAUGCAGCCAUUUUUAUCACAAUACCAAAUCAUUUCCGGACAACAAUUAAGUACCUUACUGUGAUUGUUUUGAAUUAAAAUGGCCAAAAAUUAACAAAAAUAACUUCUUAGCAAAGAGCAAUUCUUCAAGCAAGAAUUAUGCUAGGACUCUCUGGGAUUGGUCUGAGCGGGGAGGCUCAAACGGAAAACUAGCUAUUGGUAGAAAGGUUUCGAACUCUCUUUCUUAUUGGUCUAUUUGGUGAUGUCACCAGGCAGACCAAAAUUGCAUCCCACCCAAACAGGCAGAAAUUUCAGGCGGCCUUUUCAAACAGCUCUUACACUAAAAGGGCAUUAAACAUAAUUUUCACAAUUUUAAAGUUUUAAAGUUUUAUUCCAACCUUAUAGUGUGGAAAUAUAUAUAAAACACAAGAAAAUCAAGUUUUUGUUUGCACUGAGCCUCUAACCAAGACCCUUGUUGAUAGUCACUGUGUCAUCACCCUUAGCGGUGUUGGCAGAAAGCGGAUGUUGCAAGAUCAGGGAUACUUCUCUUUCCCCUGAAAAACGGAAGUGGGGACUUCACUUAAAUAUGUUUUUUACCAGAGGUGGCGCCUCCCCUUCACAACGAAUCACGCCAAUACUUUUCUUUUCUUGAAACUUACAUAAAGUAGAGCAGAGCUCAACUUUUUCUACCGCUCUGCUAGCAGGGUUCUCGCUGCUCACCUUCCCACAAUCUCCCUCACAUUUCUCUGUGUUCCCUCAUUGAAAAUGAAAAGGGGGAAAAACUUCUCCUGCCGAAUUCGCUGUUGGUGAAAACCCACUGUCAGGCGUCAUUCUAUCCCUGUUAUGUUAGGUUACUGUGCCAUAGACCCUUGAGGGGCUAAUGGAUCAAGCUCAAAGGCAGUUAAUGCACAAGAUGUAGUUUAAUCUCCCGGAUCUACUCUGUACCCUGAAGGGGCAACAAAUGCAAAGUAACAGACAUUUCACAUCAGACACUUUGGUGUCUCUUCUGCAGAGUUGUAAACAACCUCAGAGGAGCAGGAUGUUUCCAAGUGUUUUUCUCAAAACUUUGGACUGAAUUCUAAACACUGUCCAGCAACUAUACUUGCAACUGCAGUUUCUCUCAAAAAACAGGCGUUGAACUUUGUCAUGGAGGUCAUGGGAGAGAGACUCCCCAGGGAGAUGAUUAGUUUCCCUAGGUUGUGUUCCUAUUUUCUACCCUUCACCCAGAAGUGUGCACUUGUUCACUUCCACUCAUGUAUUUAAAAGUAUUGGAUUGGUGAAAGCGGCUGGAGGGACUUUCCACCUGUUCCUUUUAAAGGAAUGUACUGGCACAAAUCAAUGUUUAUUGGUCACGUACAUACACAGUUUAGCAGAUGUUAUAGCAGUUGCAGUGAAAUGCUUAUGUUGCUAGCUCCUAACAUGCAGUAAAAUGUCAAACAAGUAUCCAAAUAAUUAAAAUAUUUGUAAAAAAGUACAGCAAAAAAAAUAAAAAAUUGGUAAGAAUCCAAUUAAUAACCCAAAUAGCACUAACAGUAAUCAAAAUGCAAUCUAUACGUAUGUACCAUAGACAUUAAAAUCAGGUUUGUACACCAGCAGAAUUUACACAAUAUAUACUAAGAAUGAUAUGUACAGCAGUAUAUAUAUAUUAGUGAGCUAUGUCAAGAAUCCAGUAUAUAAAUAAAUAUGCAGUGUGUAUAAACAGUGUAACCAAAUAAAGUACAGUAGUAGAAGUAUUAGAAUGAGCUAUGCCGGGGAUAUACAGUAUUUAAAUACUCUGUGUGAAACAGGUAGUGUCCAAUGUUUCAAUGUCUCUAUGACAUGGGACAGCAGCGUUAGCUGUGUGUGUGUGUGUGUGUGUGUGUGUGUGUUUUGUGAGUAUGAGGUGUGUGUGUGAUAGCUUGUGUGAGUGAGCAUUACCUGGUUGACGGUUAGUGAUGGCUGUUCAACAAUCCGAUGGCCUGGUAAUAGAAGCAGUUUUUUGUCUCUCGGUCUUGGCACUGAUGCACCUGUACUGAUUCCGUCUGCUAGACGGUUGCCGAGUAAACAGUCCAUGGCUCAGGUCCUUAAUGAUCUUCUUGGCCUUCCUUUGACUCCGAGUGCUGUAAAUGUCCUGGAGUGCAGGCGGUGUACCACCGGUGAUGCGUUGGACUGACUGCAACACCCUCUGGAGAGCUAUGUGGUUGAGGGCGGUGCAGUUGCCAGACCAGGCAGUGAUGUAGCCCAACAGAAUGUUCUCAGUGGUGCAUCUGUAGAAGUUCCAUCCAUAAUCUCAUCAGCCGCCUGAGGUUGUAGAGGCGCUGUUGCGCCUUCUUCACCACGGUGUUGGUGUGGUGAGACCAUUUCAGGUCGGCUACCCUCACCACCAGUAGUCGGCCAGUCAGUCACACAGGGAGGAGAUUAGACCUAAGGCCCUGAGCUUAGUGACGAGCUUGGUGUUAAAAGCUGAGUUAUAGUUGAUGAACAGCAUUCUCACAUAGGUAUUCCUCUUGUCCAGGCGGGACAGCGGGAUGUGCAGUGCAACAGCGACUGCGUCGUUUGUGGAUCUACAUGCAUAUUGUAAUGGUUCAAGGGUGUCGGGUAUGGUGAAGGGGAUAUGGUCCUUGACUAGCCUCUCAAAGCACUUCAUGAUGACAGAUAGUAAUUUAGUUCAGUGUGCUUCGGUACAGGAACAAUGGUGGCCAUCUAGAAGCAAGCUGGAUGACAGAUUGGGAUAUUGAGAGGUUUAAAAUGUUCGUAAACACUCCAGCCAGCUGGUCUGCGCGUGCUCAGAGAACGCGGCUUGGGAUGCCAUCUGGGCUGGUAGCCUUGCGAGGGUUAACAUGUUUGAAGGUCCUACUCACGUUGACUACAGAGAUUGGGAGCCCAGUCUUCGUGAGCAGAGGGGGACCAUGUCAUCGACUCUGUGUUGUUUUCCUCAAAGCAGCUGAAAAGUGUGUAUACUUUGUGAGAAGGUUAGAGUGGAACAGCCCAUACGAAAAAGUAAUAUAUGACAAUAAUUAUCUUAUCAAGAUAUUUGUUUAUUUUUCACAUUUUUUUAUUUUAAUUUUUACAAAUUUUGUAGAUCGUUGUCAAAAAAAUGACAAUUAAAUCCAUUUUAAUCCCACUUUGUAACACGAUAAAAAGUGGGAAAUGUCAAGGGGUGUGAAUACAUUCUGAAGACACUGUAUAUGUCCCUUAUGUCACAAUACCUGCAUUAUUUCAGUGAUACUUGUAGUCAUAGUAAUUGUAGCCAUGGUAAUAAAACAUUAGAACAAACACAAAACAAUAAAAACUUAAUUUCAUCCUAUUCAUUAAAUGUUUUUCUCUCAUAAUUUCUUAAUUCAGCUAAAUUCAAGAUAAAGAGCACAUAGAACAGUUAAUGGUUGGGUUUGGGCUCAUAAAUUAAGAGAUAUAUAUUUUUUUUUUAAUUGAAAAACGAUUAUCAGAUUCAGUUUAAUAAGAAAUCCUUGACCAUUAAUGCCUUAUUUGCAAUGACUGAUUUAUACAUUCAAUUAAGGGAUGAACUUUUUUACACCUUAUAGUCAGUCAUAUGGUUCCUUACCCUGAAAGUAGAAACUGUAAUCCAUGGUUAGAGUUGUUAACUUGAGAGGAUUUGGCCACAAACAUUGAAUUUUGUCUAAUUGCCACCAUAACCCAUAUCAUGUUUUUGUUAGCCAUCUGACUUUAAGGUGUAAAAAAGUGAAAUUGACCCCAACCCUGUUAUGGGGUAUACAUUUUUAGAGGGAUACCGUGAGAUUUCGAUGAACUCAUCAAUACCAUUUUUAUGUCUCUGCGUGCAGUUGCAUCUGUCUCAAUGGCACCGUCUCUGUGCUUACAGACGCCAUAAUGAGACAGAUACAAUGUUUGCGAACUCUGUACAUAUCUAUGUGCCAACGGGACAGAGAAUGAGGAAGUGGAUAGAAUGUUUCAAAUUAUUAUUAGUAAAAUUUAUAAAAUUUAUAAAAUAUGUAUUACUAUGUAUAGCUUUGUAAGACUAUAAAUGACCAACCACACAGCUUUGGAGUAGUUAGGUCUAUCUCCAAGUUUCUUUUCUUCCAUUUCCCUGUUUGAGAGGAGCUGGCUACUGUGGGAGACUUAGAGUAAUUGCGCUAAGCUAACAAAAUGCUAACUUCAAUCAUCUCCAAACUACUCGCAGACACAUACAAAUGGUUUCCAUUAGUUCGUAUGACUGGGUCAUUUAAAAAAGCAACCUAAAUCUUGAAAUAUAGCAGAAUCCCUUUAAGCCAUGUCAGUGUCUGAAAUAAUAUUCACCAUUCUUUCUGCCAUGAGUCAUUAAUAAGUCAAAUAUUUUUUAUAUAUAUCAUGACAAUACCUGCAUACUUAAAUGCUUUUUUGCAAUCGAUGAACAAAAACCUACUCACUUUUUUCAGGAUCUGUCUUUUUCUCCCCUUUUAGUUUUGCCACCUAGACUUGUUCAAAUGAAAUAAGUUCAAUGUGUCCUAAAUAAUUAUCCGAAGUCAUAAUGACACAGCCAGAUAUUUACAUUUGAGUUAGGUCUAAAGAUAACGUCUCUGGCUUAGCUCUACAAUGCUAGAAAUAAUACAUUCCUAUACAUACUGUACCACAGCCAUUGCCCCAUAUAAUUAGAAUGAGUAAAACUGGCAUUCUCAUUUGAAAACAGUGUUGGUUUGGGUGAACAGCAAUUAGCCUCUUUCGUAGGCGAAACAUCUCCGGUUACCUGUUAUCCUUAUAUGUGCAUUAUGAGAUGGAGACCCCACAAAAAUGACCCAAUGUGAUUGACCACAAUGAAAUGCAGUUAGCAUCUAACCAGAAGUGCAAAUAAAGAGUACAAAAAAAAUGUACAAAUGAAACAAUUAAAUAAUAUACAAUCUAAGUGGGAUGUAUAAAUGUGCAAUGAAGGCAAAUUGAAAGUGCAAGGAGGCAUGCAACUGAAAUACAGGGAGAGCAGCAAUGAGGUUACCAAGGUAGACAUGUACAUGUACAACUGAAAAAUGUCCUUAAUCAGACUUUGUCCAGUAAUAGUCCAGUAAUACAGUGAAGAGUGCAAAGAGAGUAAUGCAACAAGGUCCCUGAGAGGCAGUACUAAGCAGUGGGCGGGUGGAUAUAGCUAGUGCUGUGUCACAGAGUUCAGCAGGGUUACAGUAGCUGGAAAGAAACUGUUCUUGAGCCUGCUUAGUGCGGGAACGUAGAGACCUGUACCGUCUACCUGAUGGUAGGAGGGCAAACAGUUUGUAGCAUGGAUGUGAAGGGUCCCUGAUGAUGCCUCACGCCCUACGCAGACACCGCUUGCGCUGGAGGUUUACGAUGGCAGGGAGCUGGGCACCAGUGAUGUGCUGGGCGGUUUUCAUGCCAGUUUCAACUGUUCUGCCUUAUUAUUAUUCGACCAUGCUGGUCAUUUAUGAACAUUUGAACAUCUUGGCCAUGUUCUGUUAUAAUCUCGACCCGGCACAGCCAGAAGAGGACUGGCCACCCCACAUAGCCUGGUUCCUCUCUAGGUUUCUUCCUAGGUUUUGGCCUUUCUAGGGAGUUUUUCCUAGCCACCGUGCUUCUACACCUGCAUUGCUUGCUAUUUGGGGUUUUAGGCUGGGUUUCUUUGAUUUGAUUUGAUUUUCACCACCCAUUGCAGGGCCUUCCGGUCAGCCACGGAGCAUCCGCCUAAUCACACUGUGGCGCAGUUAGUCAGAAUGCUCUCGACCGUGCAGCGGUAAAAGUUCACCAGGAUCUUGAGAGACCGGCGGGCCUUCUUCAGCCUCCUCAAAAAGUACAGGUGCUGCUGUGCCUUUUUGACCAGGGUUGAGGUGUUGAGGGUCCAGGAGAGGUCCCCGGAGAUGUAGACACCCAGGAAUUUGAAGCUGGGCACACGCUCCACAAUACCAUCAAUGAGAACUGGGGCGUGGUUGCAACUUUUAGACUUUCUGUACAAUGUGAUGCCAUAACCUUAUGGGCAGCCACAACUAUAGUGUACAAAAAUAAAUAUUCAUACUUUCAUAGGUUUCUGUGCAUUUUCAAACAAAAUAUAAACCUACAAUAGUUAUCUAUGCCAUCUCAAUCUAAUCUCAAAAUGAGAUGACAAGUAUCAUCUACAGUAGCUACAAGAAACAAAGUAGUCAUAAUGUUGCCGAAUGCAAUUAGAAAAUAAUUAAUCUCUACGUGUGAGAUUUAUGUAUGGUUUUUAAAUACAUGCCAUGUAUAUUGUUUUCAUUCUGGAAUACAUUUCAAAGCAUAAAAUGCACUGAACAAGAAAACCUAAUGUUCCGAGUACAUUUAGCAUGAUGAAAAUACCAUGUUAUUUUUUUACAAUGGUGUAAAUUACUUAUGUGAAAAUAAUUUAAAGUACUACUUAAGUAGUUGUUUGGGGUAUCUGUACUUUUACUUCACUACAUUCCUAAAGAAAAUAUACUUUUUACUCCAUACAUUUCCCUGACUCCCAAAAGUACUCGUUACAUUUUGAAUGCUUAGCAGGACAGGAAAAUGGUCCAUUCACACACUUAUCAAGAGAAUAUCCCUGGUCAUCCCUACUGCCUCUGAUCUGGUGGACUCACUAAACACACAUGCUUCAUUUGUAAAUUAUGUUUGUGUGUUGGAGUGUGCCCCUGGCUAUCCAUCAAUAAACAUUUAAAAAAGGAAA